AUGCAUCCAACGUACCUUGGACAGGCUGAUCGAGAAAAAAAACCUUAUCAGGUGGCAGGUAUCCACUUUCAAGCACCCCAAUGUGACAGUCACGUGGUGAUAAGCUACAUCCCACCAAAACACCACCCUUUCGCCGCUGCUCUGUCGGGCCUGGGAUCUUUCUUGGGUGUUUGGAUUCACCAACGAAAAGGCACGCAACCACUCCCGACAAGUCUCUGCCCCGUUGGUGUACCUUUGAGGUUUCCGCACGAAUCCCCCAACUUCACAUACCGAUAUGAUGUGACCUUCCCCCUCCCCGAUCCACCUCGAAUCCCCCUUCCGUACGACCUGAGCCUACUGAGGCUCUGCGACGCCGAACCAUUCGAGAACCAUAAAGAAGCUGAAGGAGAUCAGCAGAGAGAAGUAGAAAUCCGGAAUACCGCGAAUAUGGAGAGCGCCUUCAAGAAUCUCGGGAACCACCUAGUUUCCGACAGCGCCGCUGCGAUCAAGGCAGGUGACGAUGUCUUGACCGGUAUCGAUGCCGACGAGAGCCUUCUCUACGGCAAAUUUGGCGGCCGCGACGGUCGCCGCCGUGCCGACGAUGACGACAACCAAACCGAGCUUUACGAUGAUGACGAUGUGGACAGCCUGACUAGCAUGCCUGUUGGGGCUAUGAAGGAUCUCAAUAUCGGAAGACCCAAGGAGGAAGAUAGGAAGCUUCCCCCUCACGCUUGCGCGUAUUGUGGAAUUCAUUCCCCGAGCUCCGUCGUCAAGUGCCUUGGCUGCAACAAGUGGUUCUGCAGUGCCCGCGGAAAUGCUACCUCAAGCCACAUUGUUUCCCAUCUGGUCCGGGCGAGACACAAGGAAGUCCAGCUUCACCCGGAAUCUACCCUGGGUGAUACCGUACUCGAGUGCUACAACUGUGGAACCAAGAACGUCUUUCUCUUGGGCUUCAUUCCUGCCAAGUCGGAUACCGUUGUCGUGCUGCUUUGUCGUCAGCCUUGUGCUGCAAACACCUCUUCCAAGGAUAUGAGCUGGGAUACCUCUCGAUGGCAGCCCCUAAUUGAGGAGAGAGCUUUCCUGACCUGGCUCGUCGCGACGCCCUCCGAUGCCGAGCAACUCCGCGCCAGACACCUCACCCCGCCGAUGAUUGCCAAGCUGGAGGAGAUGUGGAAGGAAAAUGCGACUGCUACGGUUGCCGACCUUGAGAAGGCUGCUAGCAUCGACGACGACCCUCAUCCCGUCCUCCUCAAGUACGACGACCCUUAUCACUACCAGAACAUUUUUGGCCCGCUCGUCAAGAUGGAAUCUGACUACGACAAGAAGCUCAAGGAAGCCCAGUCUGAGGAUGGACUCACGGUCCGCUGGGAUUACGGUCUGAACAACAAGCACCUGGUCAGCUUUGAACUGCACAAGAUAGAGUCGGGUGACGUCAAGCUGGCCGUUGGCGAUGAAAUGCGACUACGUUACAAGGGCGAGCUCCGCCCUGCCUGGGAGGGAGUUGGCUAUGUCAUCAAGAUCCCCAACAAUCAGUCUGACGAAGUCACCCUCGAGCUGCGUAAGGCCGGCAACGAGAAGACUGUCCCGACUGAAUGCACCCACAACUUCUCAGCAGACUAUGUCUGGAAGGCUACCUCGUAUGAUCGCAUGCAGUAUGCCAUGAAGACUUUCGCCGUGGACGACAUGAGUGUCUCGGGUUACAUUUUCCACAAGCUCCUGGGUCACGACGUCGCUGUUGCGCCGAUGAAGACGACUAUGCCUAAGAAGUACAGCGUCCCCGGCCUUCCCGACCUCAAUACUAGCCAGAUCGCAGCCAUUAAGGCUGUGCUGUCGACCCCGCUCAGCUUGAUUCAGGGACCUCCGGGCACUGGCAAGACUGUCACUUCGGCGACCAUUAUCUACCAUCUGUGCAAGAUGAAUAAUGGACAAGUCCUCGUGUGCGCGCCCUCCAACGUCGCUGUCGACCAGCUCUGUGAGCGCAUCCACCGCACUGGCCUCAAGGUCGUUCGUCUUACAGCCAAGUCCCGAGAGGAUGUGGAGUCCUCCGUGAGCUUCCUUGCUCUUCAUGAGCAGGUUCGUAUGAAUGACAGCAAUGGUGAGCUUGUCAAGCUUGCGCAGCUGAAGACCGAGCUUGGCGAACUGUCCAGCCAGGACGAGAAGAAGUUCAAGCAGCUCACCAAGGCCGCCGAAAGAGACAUUCUACACAACGCAGAUGUCGUCUGCUGCACUUGUGUCGGUGCCGGUGAUCCUCGUCUGUCAAAGAUGAAGUUCCGUAAUGUCCUCAUCGACGAGUCGACUCAAUCGGCUGAGCCCGAGUGUAUGAUUCCUCUCGUUCUCGGAUGCAAGCAGGUUGUCCUCGUUGGUGACCACAAGCAAUUGGGCCCUGUCAUCAUGAACAAGAAGGCUGCCAAGGCUGGUCUCAACCAGUCCUUGUUCGAGCGCCUUGUCAACUUACGCUUGGUUCCCAUUCGCCUCAACAUCCAGUACCGCAUGCACCCUUGCUUGUCCGAGUUCCCUUCCAACAUGUUCUACGAUGGAUCUCUCCAGAACGGUGUUACAGUCAAGGAUCGCGUUCGCCGCGAUGUCGACUUCCCUUGGCCUGUUGUUGAUAUGCCGAUGAUGUUCUGGUCCAACCUUGGCAAUGAGGAAAUCUCGGCAUCCGGAACGUCUUACCUCAACCGUACCGAAGCCUCCAACGUGGAGAAGGUUGUAACCCGCUUUUUCAAGGCCGGCGUAAAGCCUUUGGACAUUGGUGUUAUUACUCCGUACGAGGGUCAGCGAAGCUACAUCGUUAGCACCAUGCAGAACACUGGCACAUUCAAGAAGGAGAGCUACAAGGAAGUCGAGGUUGCCUCCGUUGACGCCUUCCAGGGUCGUGAGAAGGACUUCAUUGUUCUGUCCUGUGUUCGUUCCAACGACAACCAGGGCAUCGGUUUCCUUUCGGAUCCCCGCCGUCUCAACGUCGCCUUGACUCGUGCCAAGUACGGUCUCGUCAUUAUUGGUAACCCCAAGGUCCUUUCCAAGCAUGAGCUUUGGCACCACCUCCUUGUCCACUUCAAGGACCGCAAGUGCUUGGUUGAGGGGCCUUUGACCAAUUUGCAGACCUCGCUCUUGCAAUUCGGAAAGCCCAAGACAGCUUAUCGCCAGAAGAUGAGCCAGCCCCCUCAAUUCAAUGCCGGUGGCGGGUUCCCCAACGGCGGCGGCAACCGCUUCAACGGUGCUGGCUCCACUCGCGAUUUUGACUCGGGAUCUAUGAUGUCCUACAUUCCCGACGACGUCUCCUCCAUCCAUAGCUCUCUGGGCGGUGCCGGCUUAAACACCACUUACCCUCCCAUCUUCUCGAGCUUCACCCCUGAUCAAUGGCCUGGCCUCCCUGGAGUGCCCGGAUCCAGCCGUUCCGGCAUCAAGAGAGGAGGUCGCGCCACUGAGAGCAUUGCGGGCGAAAGCGUCGCAAACUCCGAGUACACAGAUGCUAGCGCCAGCGUCAUCGGUGCCAAGGGUGUUGGACAGGGCGGUGUCAGCCUGGGCGCCGGUCUCCAGGACGCCAUACACGGUAUGCGCCCUGCGUCCUACAGCCACAGCGACCGCCUAAAGCAUUAUGUCGAGAGUGGUGGUCGCAUGGGAGCCGGCAAUGGCUUCGGCCGUCGCUACGACGACGACGAGAAGAGCGUCAGCACCGCCUUCCACAGCCAGAUUGGUGGCGGCUUCGACUGA